ACGGCGCGGGGAGCGCUCAGCGCCAGCCCGGGCCGCUCUCCGGCCCGGUAUGCACCGCAGCGCCCGGAAACAUGGCCCGGCGGAGCCCGCCGCGCAACGGCGUCGGCGGCCACGGAGAAGCAGCAGUGACCAACACCAGGAUGCAGUGUGAAAUACUGUCCCUCCUCAGCUCCCCGGGAAGCGCUCCUGUGUCCUACUUUGAUUCAAAGAAGAAAAGAAAAGUGGCAGAAAUUUACCAGGCCCUGAACAGUGACCCCAUCGACGUGGCGGCGCUGCGGCGCAUGGCCAUCAGCGAGGGGGGGCUCCUCACCGAUGAGAUCCGCUGCAAAGUGUGGCCAAAGCUGCUCAGUGUCAACACAGAUGACCUGCCCCCUCUUCCAGCAGGAAAGGAGCUGCGCGAGGACAACAAAGAUUACCAGCAAGUGUUGCUGGACGUGCGGAGAUCCCUGCGCCGUUUCCCGCCAGGGAUGCCAGAUGACCAGAGGGAAGGUUUGCAGGAGGAACUCAUCGACAUUAUCCUCCACGUCCUCAAGCGCAACCCCCAGCUGCACUACUACCAGGGCUACCAUGACAUCGUGGUCACCUUCCUCCUGGUGGUGGGGGACAGACUGGCCACUGCUCUGGUGGAAAAGCUCUCGACGCAUCAUCUCAGGGAUUUUAUGGACCCAACAAUGGAUAAUACCAAGCACAUUUUAAAUUACCUGAUGCCCAUCAUAGACCAAGUGAACCCUGAGGUGCACGACUUCAUGCAGAGUGCGGAGGUGGGAACCAUCUUUGCCCUCAGCUGGCUGAUCACCUGGUUCGGGCACGUCUUGUCUGACUUCCGGCACGUCGUGCGAUUAUACGACUUCUUCCUGGCCUGCCACCCGCUGAUGCCCAUCUAUUUUGCUGCUGUGAUCGUGCUGUACCGGGAGCAGGAAGUUCUGGACUGCGAGUGUGACAUGGCCUCUGUCCACCACCUCCUGUCCCAGAUCCCACAGGACCUUCCUUAUGAGUCUCUGAUCAGGAAAGCUGGGGUCCUUUUUGUCCAGUUCCCACCAUCUGAACUGGCCAAGGAGGCAGCUCAGCAGCAGGCUGAACGAACUGCAGCUUCCACGUUUAAGGACUUUGAGUUGGCGUCAGUGCAGCAGAGACCAGACACUGUGUUGAGGCAGCGCUUCAGGGAGCGGCCCCGAGGGGAGGAACGGACAAAAUCCAUCUUGACAAAGCCCCGGACCAACCGCUUUGUCAAGUUGGCCGUGAUGGGGCUGACGGUGGCGCUGGGAGCAGCUGCCCUGGCCGUGGUGAAGAGCGCCCUGGAGUGGGCACCCAAGUUUGAACUGCAGAUUUUUCCCUGAAGCCAGAGGAAGGACCUUCCCUGUCACCACGUCCUUCCCUCGUGGGAAGGGACGGUAUUUGAGGAGAGGAUGUGUCCAGGAACGACCUGUCUGAAGAUUGUUCUGCUGCGUCCAGCGACGCUUUUGGCCUUUGUGACAGCAACUCAUGGGAACCAGCCCAGCAGGAGGGUUCCCCAGCCCAGCAGGAGGGUUCCCCACCCCAACACUCGCCUCCUCUCCUCCCUGUGCUGGGGGAGCAGACGGACACUGCUGCCAUCUCGGGAGGAACUGAAGGUAGGGACGAGCUGGGCUCUUCAGGCUGUGCACAGGUGACUGUAGGAGAAAGAGCCCUUUGUGGGCUGUGCUGAAUCGAUCCCACAGUGUUUGGGAUGAGGAGGAGUGUCACAGCAGGGUUUGGGCCAGCUGCGUGUGUGGGGGGGUGAGGGGCUGUUACACCCCUGAAGAACAGGGCAGCCUUCUGGCUUGGCAUCCCUCAUGUGCAGGCUGCUGGUGGUCCCACCCUUCCCCUUCCUGUCAGCAUCCUCUGAGUAGAGCCAGACCUUUCACAAACCCCUGCCAGGAGGUUUUCUCCAGCAUGUAACUCUCCCUGAUUCCUUUUGCUUCCUCACCUUUGCACCCUGAUCCAUUAAGAGGAGGGAAGGGCUGGGGACAGGAGCAGGCCCACACAGGGUGUCCCGUGGUCCUGUCUCAGGUCAGAGAGGUGAGGGCUGAGUGUCAGUGGUCCUGCCUGAGGUCUGUGCUGUCAAGUGCCAGGCUGUCAGCAACACGAGUUGGUGGUGCAGUGAACAUCCAUUGCCAACUUCCACAGCUCUGGAAGCAGACUCUAGCACAGGGAGAGGCUUUUUCCACCUUGUGAAACACUUUGCACAGGACAGAAGUUGUUGUGGUAGGAAGUCUGUCUGAAAUCUCCCCCCAUGAGUUGAUGGGACCUCAGCAUCACCCUUCGGAAUAAUGCAAGUAAGGGAUUUUCCUGGAAAGGCCAUUCCCAACUCCUGCAUAGCUCUCAAUUCCCCCCUCUUAACAGCCCCAGUGCUCCCUGCCCUCCCAGCUAAGCAGCAAAUCCUUCUGGACAACUCCGUGUCCCACUGAGACAAAGCCAAUAGACACUCUAUGCCUCUACCUCUCCCCUGAGCUGCUCAGCCUCCCGCAAGUGCCCUUACCUGUCCCCCAAGGCUCCCCCCCAGCUGCCCCCCUGUGCUGUGUUGUGCCCAAAGCCAUCUGUGCCAUGCCCAGGGGCUGCACACCUGGAAAUCAGGUGUUGGUUGAAGAGUUAUGGAUUUUAGGAUAGAAAACUCAUGCCCUGUGAAGCUCAGCACCCUCCUGUCCCAGUCCCCAGCCUGUUGGUUUGUAAUGGCCUUAGGGGAGGUUCUGGGUUGCCCCGUGGGCCCUUGGGGCACCGUGCCUUGCUGGCCAGAGGGUGAGUGGGCAGUCAGCACCUCUGCUUCCAUAAGAAGCAGGAGUUUCCUUCACCUCUGCAGGCUCAAAGCUGAAGUGUGUGAACCUGCUGUGGCAGAGGCAGGGCAGUGAGGCCUGUUCCUGGUGCCAGGGCUGUCUGUGCUGCUGGUGGGAGCCAGGGGCAGCUCCGGGGUCUCUCCUGGCAUGGCGGAGGCAGAGCCUGUUUCUGGACCUUGGCAUCUCUCCAGGGUGGAGGGAAUUUAGCACUUUAGAAACUCACGGUGCAGGACAGUGUGGUGACCUGGGGGGCUGCUGGUGGUCCUGGGACCCCUCCGUACACUCUGCCACUGCCCCUAAGGAGGGGAUGACUGGAGUCCCCCCUCCCCGGGGAAGCCCCUGGCCCCCCCUUUGCUCUCUGUCUAUGAUGCACUUUAGUUCUUGCGUUGUCCCCAAGGAGAGGAAGGGCCUGGGAGGAGACGGUUGCUUCGGGUGCUUCAGUUCCUCUGUACAAACACUUCUACAGACCCAUGUAAAUGCAGAUUUGUACAAACCCUAUAACUGUAAAAUAAACAGUUACUAAACACA